GUGCCACAUUUUCUUUGGUUUUUGUUGACUCGGUUUUCUUGAUCUUGUGAUUGUUUUUAUUGAUUAAUUUUGUUUUUAGUGAAUUUAAUUUAAUUUACUUGUUUACCAUGUCAACUUUGAAUGUUAAGAUUCAUCCUGUUGUUCUGUUGAACAUCGUCGAUUCAUAUGAAAGAAGAAGUCGAGACCAGAAGCGUGUGAUUGGUACUCUCUUGGGAAAUGUAGACAAAUCUGGAACCAUUGAGGUUUCUAAUUCUUUUGUGGUUCAACAUCGGGAAGCUGAUGGAGAAGUUGCUUUCGACAUUGAAGUGGCCAAAGAUCUCUAUGAAUUACAUCGUAAAGUUAAUCCUAAUGAAUCAAUUGUCGGAUGGUUUGCAACCGGAGGGGGAGAAGUUAAUGAAUAUUCUGUUCUCAUCCAUGAAUUUUACACUAGGGAAACUUCAAAUCCAGUUCAUAUCACUGUUGAUCCAACAUCAGCCGGUAUUUCUGUCAAAGGUUACACCUUGACUCCAUUUGGUGUACCCGGAAAAAGUACUGGAACCAUGUUUUCUCACAUUAAAUCUGUUGACAUUACCGGCGGUUAUGAAGCUGAAAUGAUUGGUCUUAAAGCUUGUAUGGCUGCUUCUGGGAUCGGUGAAAGUAAAGCAGUAACUUAUGAUUCUGAAAUUGACAUGAUUUUGGCCGCUUCGAAAAAAUGUUCAGAUAUAAUAACCAGUAUUGUCAAAUAUAUAGACGAGAAUAUAAUCACUCCUGGAAAACCUUUACCAAGUAAUAGUAAUGAUAUUGGACGUGAACUUAUGUCUAUGGUGGAAAGUAUUGGACCACUUUGCAAAGAUGAAGAGACAAUCAAUAAGAAUCUUAAUGAUCUUCUUAUGGUUAUUUAUCUUUCCAAUUUAUGUAAAACUCAAUUGAUGCUUAAUGAAAAGCUAACCUUAGUUUAAUGGAACUAAAAAAUGCUGAUAUCAUUAAAAAUUCAAUAUUUCAACAAAAA